AAGGUCGCUCACCUGAGCCGGCGGCUUGGCGUCGCCUUAGCAACGCCCACUUCCGGGCGCGGCAGGAAGCCCGCGGAGCCUGUGGGGAGAUGUCCCGCCCCCCAGGGGGCGUGGCUUCCGAGCCCGGUGGCCGGGGAUCCAAGUUCUUCGCUCAGCCCCCCACCCGCCCCGCGCCCCUGGGACCCGCCCGCCGGGCGCCGUGAGCCGCGGUGCCAACCUGUGCGCCGCCAUGGACGCCUUCACUCGCCUCACCAACCAGACGCAGGGCCGGGAGCGGCUCUUCAGGUGAGUCGGGCGCCGCGGCCGCACCUGCCGACCGCGGUUAGCGGCCAGGUCCCGGGACUUGGGGCGCCUCCCCGCACCCCCAGGACCCGCUCGCUCCGCUCCACCUGCUGCCCAGGGUUCAGGCUAGGCAAUGUGGUCCACGCCGUGCAGGCAACUCAGCAGAGUUUUCAGACCACGGACCUGGUGCCCCGCUUCUGCCUCACCUUAGCCAACCUGAACCGUGUGGUCUAUUUCAUCUGCGACACCGUCCUCUGGGUGAGGAGCGUGGGACUCGCGUCUGGCAUCAACAAAGAGAAGUGGCGACUGUGGGCUGCCCGCCACUACUACUACGCCCUGCUGCUGAGCCUGGUCCGGGAUCUGUAUGAGCUCUCCCUGCAGAUGGAACAGGUCACCCAGCACAGGACCCAGAGGGAGAACUCAGCAUCUCGGGGUCCUCCUGGGCACUGUGUGGCUGAUGAGGAAACAGAAUGGCUUCAGUCCUUCCUCCUCCUCUUAUUCCGCUCUCUGAAGAGGCAUCCUCCCUUGCUCCUGGACACAGUGAAGAACAUCUGUGACAUCCUGAACCCUCUGGACCAGCUGGGGAUCUGUAAGUCCAAUGCUGGUAUCAUUGGGCUUGCGGGGCUUGUGUCCUCUGUAGCUGGCCUCAUCACUGUGGUCUGUCCUCAGAUGAAGCUCAAGGCCUGCUGAGGUGGCUUCCGGCCAAGGACCAGGGCCCACUUUAGUGGGCCCAUUAAGAGGACCUCUUAGUAACAGAGAUAUUCACCUUGUCCUAGUGUACCCAAGGACUCGCUCACGAGAGCUUCUUGUGACUUGGGUUGUGAGCUUAAAUGGGACCAAGAAUGGAGACGGGAGGGCAGGAAGAUUGGCACCUAGAGAUCCUGAGUGCUGCAGCGACUUCUGGAUUCAAGUCUUUCGCCUUCACCCAGCUUCCAUUAAG